AUGAAGUUGAAGAGGAAGGGUCCUGCCACUGCUCCUUGUCUUACUCCAGUUACCCCCUCAAAUGGUGUUGUAUAUCCGGUUGGUGUUCGAACUGCAACAGACAGUAAAAUGAGAGAAGAGCCAGAACUGAGAAGAGCGGGGGUAACUGGAGUAAGACAAGGGGCAGUGGCAGGACCCUUCCUUUUCAACUUCGCUAUAGACGACAUCAUGCGAAGAACAGUCGAUCAGUGUCCUGCCGACAUCGUCUUAGCACCAUCAGGGUGCCCUUUGACCGAUCUCGACUACGCUGACAAUGUUGUGGCUGCAGCCUAUAGGCUACGCCACUGCCCAGAUAAAUACAAGCAGAUGUGGAUCUCUUCGAGACCUCGAAUGAGAAUCAGGGUAGACGGACAACUGAUCGAACUCGUCCAUGUCUACGUUCUGUUACUUGGGCUGUAUGCUGAGGAACAACGGCAGCUACGCUAA